GAGAGCCCAGGAGGGGGAGGGCCAAGUCUCAAGACGGGGCUUGCCAUCCCCGCCCCUUUCCUCUGGGCCAGAAGCUUAAAAGCGCCGCGCCCUCUGCUUCUGCCCCGGAACCCGUCGCCAGGAACACAGGGACCCCGGAGAUCGCCAGGCCAGGAAGAUGGGCGUCACGCUGGGCUACUGGGACAUCCGUGGGCUUGCCCAUGCAAUCAGGCUCCUUCUAGAAUACACGGAAACACCAUUUGAAGACAAACAGUAUAGUCCUGGUGGUGAAGCUCCUGAUUUUGAUAUAAGUCAAUGGACUAGCGUGAAGGAGAAACUGGGCUUGGACUUCCCAAAUCUUCCAUAUCUCAUUGAUGGUGAGACAAAGAUCACUCAGAGCAAUGCCAUCCUGCGGUACCUUGCACGCAAGCACAAGAUGUGUGGUGAGACUGAAGAAGAAAUAAUUCGUAUGGAUAUACUUGAGAACCAACUCAUGGAUUUCCGAAUGCAACUUGCAAGAAUAUGCUACAGCCCAGAUUUUGAAAAAUUGAAGCCUGAAUUUCUUGAACAGCAACCUGGGAAGCUGAAGCAGUUUUCCCAGUUUCUGGGGGACAGAAAAUGGUUUGCAGGAAACAAGAUCACCUAUGUAGAUUUCCUCGCAUAUGAUGUUUUGGAUGUGCAGCGGAUGUUUGAGCCAAAAUGUUUGGAUCAGUUCAAAAAUCUAAAGGAUUUCCUAGACCGCUUUGAGGCACUGGAGAAGAUUUCUGCCUACAUGAAAUCUGGCCGUUUUCUCAGAACUCCCAUCUACUGGAGAAUCGCCAAGUGGAGCAAUAAAAAGGAGUAAAAAGAACCAAGAAUAGUGCUGACCUGACACUUGUAGACAUUGUAUCAGUGAAAUAUAAUACCUAUGCCUCAUAGAGAAAAAUCAGUCAAGUUUUGAAAACUUUCAUGGCAUAUUUUGUGCAUUUUGGGUUCCAAUAAAAGUGUCAAUCUGUUUUA